AUGAACAAAUAUAAUUUAAGAUUUAAAGAUUAAGAAUUAGAAAAAAAAUAUUAAAUUCAUAAAGUUAAGGACAUCCAAUUCCCAACACUAACUUACAUAACUUUGGGCGGUACUCCUUUAAUACUUAUAAAUGCAAUUUCAAAAGUUAUAAACCUAGAUUACACAGAUGCUUUAAUUAAUGGAAUAUUUCUUAUCUACAUGUUAAUCUAGUAUGUAGUAUUAAGAAAAAAUGAAUUCUUUAGAGUCAAUUAUUGUAAUUUAGCAUUGGUGAUAACUAAUUUUGCAUCAUUAUACUAUGAAAUAUCCCCAUAAUAAUCAGAUUAUUAUAAUGGUUAUAUCAUGGGAUCUAAUUAAAUGCUUAUUCAUACACUGUUGAUGUUUGCAUGUAACUUAGAAAUUGGUGUUUUUAGUAAUUUAGUUCUUACAGUUGUUAGAGUUAUUUUAGCUAAUGAAUACUCAUAAAGCAUGUCAAUUUAACAGUAUUUGUAAACUAUCAUAAUGCCCUGUAGUUUCAUUAUUGUACAAUAUUAAAUUGAAAAAUAAUUUAGAGAUUCAUAUUUAUUGUCAUUAAAAGACAACACAUGGGGUAUUUUUUAAUAUUAUAUUAAAGAAAUUUUAAUACCACUGUUAUUGAGAAAACCAUUUUUUAUCUUUGCUUUUAACCAAGAAAUAAAUAUGUAUUAAGCUAUCAUGAGUAAUCAAAAUUCAUUUUUUAAUUCCGAUUCUCCUUUGAGUACCUUUCUAUUUUAAUCAAAAGUUAAGAAAAAAUCACUAGAAGCCUAUUUAGUAAAGAAAUCUAAUCAUAAAGGAAAGUUUAAUAAGUUUCCCUGUCUAUUUAAUUAAUAAGUUAACUUAGAAUAUUAGUUAAAAAAAUUAUAAGUCUCAGUAAUUGGAUGUAAAUUUGAAAGAAUUAUUUAUGCUGUGAUAAUCGAUUCUGAAGAUCCACUUUUAAGAGAAUCAAAAAUUAAAUUUAAUUAAUCUUUAUAAUAAUGUAAAGAUAUUUUAAAUGCAUAAAUCUUGUAAAUUAACAAAGUUUUGACACUUCAUUUAUCACAAACAUAUAGUUCUUUAAUUAGAAAUUUAAGAAUAUCUCUUUAUGAAAUCUAUUAUAAGCAAAUUGAUAAUAAAAAAAUUCAAUUAGUAAAAAUGAAGAAACUUUUACUCAAAUGUUAAAAGAUAUUUGAGACUCCAACUAAUAAAAUUAAGAUUGAUUGUUAAGAAAAUGCUAGAUUCGCAACAAUUAAACCUACAUUAAUUAUAUUUUUAUUUGAAAUAUUAAAGUUAGUAGAUAAUAAUUAAUAAGUCUUCCUUUUGGUCAAUUAAAAUAUCACAACUACAUUAUUUAUAUAUGGAUUAAAAAAUUUACCUACAUCAGUUCUUUUUCAAUAAAGUCAAUAAGUUCUAGUUGAACGAACAAUUAACACUGCACAAUGUAAUAUUAUAUAUAAUUAAAUAAAUUAGAUUUUUCCUUUGAAUUUAUGAAGUCUCCUUAAACUACUUUUAAUUAUGAGAAUUAAAUUAAACAAGAAUCAAUUGUUUGA